AGCUAUUUUUUAAUACCUCAUCAAAAUGUAAUGCGUAAUUUUAAAGAUAUAAAGCCACACAAGACUUCGGAUAGCGAUUUUGUUUUUUCAUACAAAACCUUUUUAUAACGACUCCGUGUUAACAAAACAAAAAUAACGUCACACGUCACCAAAAUGACGUCAAAUUAUGAUAAAAUUAAUCUUGUGUCUUAUAGCUUUUUUCACUAGUAUAUUUCUAUUCCUUUUACUGAUUUUAAUUAAAGUUAUCGAUCUAGAAGAGAUCACCACAGAUGCUGGUGUCGGAUACCGGGUUAAGUGGUCAAAAUGAUGUCUUCGUUAAGAUCGUCAGUCCAGAAGGACAGGUGUUCAGUGCUUUCUUUCCAGACGAUACGUUAAUAGAAGAAGUGAAAAACAGAUCAAUUGAUUACUUCUAUCCAAACGGAGAGAACAGUUCGAGCCGGUUUAAGAUUGUACGCGUAUCCGAUACGACAACCCUCCACGAUUUUCUCACUAUAUCCCAAGAACAAGUAUCCAUGUUUGACGAGUUACUGCUUAUAGAGCGUCGUACGCCAGAUGCUGGUGCUCUAUGGGAUUUGGGGUCGGUUAGAGCACCACAACCUAGCGCUAUAGUGGCUGCUACAGCCUCUCUACCUUCCCCACAAAACGCAGUUAGACAGCCAAAUUUACAAUCAUUAUUAUCGACCAAUGAAUUGUCGUUUGAACUGCGGAAGAUUCUGAUAUCUUUAAUCGAAGCUGGAGCUCGAUUAGCUGCAGCAGGGCGGAAUUACGAGCUAACAUUAGCACAGCUAUCAGCAGCGUUAGACGAACCGCAGAGGAACCAGCAGUUCACGGUCCAAGUGAUCACGCCAGAAGAAAUAGCAGCCAGAUUAAACGCAACAGAAGAGAACACUGCAUCGGUUUCAUCUACAAGCGGGGACGAUUCGUACAAACGAGCUGAGCAUUUGCAGCGGUUUCUGGAAAAAUUUCGUGUGUGGAGAGCAAAAAUUAUCGAACCGCCGAACCCAGAAGCGCUUGUAACUUUGAAAAAUCUUGGGUUUUCUUUAGAAGAUUCGGAGGCGGCGCUACGUUAUACUGGGAGUAAUGUACCGGCUGCUGCGUCAUGGUUGAUAGGAGAGCGAGGGUCCAGUGUUUUCGAACUUAUCAAUGGAUUACCAGAUGGUUAUAUCCUGGAGACGUUACUGAAACAGCCCCAAAUACAAAGGGGUUUGCUAAAUACGAGGAUGUUGAUUGCGUUCAUAGCGAUGGUUGGGCAGACGGGUAGUGCGUCUCUAUGGCUUAACUCUCCGCAUGGAAGUCCGUUACUAUCGCAGAUAUCAAGGACGUAUCAUUCUGAGAAAUAUUGCCUCGCUGUGAACCAGUUUUCUGAAGAGAAACGGGAGCAAACGCCGUCGACUUCGCGGCAGAGAUAGGUUUUGUUUUUUUGGAAGUUUUAAUAAAGGUGUUUUUAAUAAAAA